AUGGGCGUGAGCGACGUCGUGCGUGGAGGCUUCGGCUUCCUCUUGGACCGCCAUCACCAUGUCCCCGCUGUAGAUCCCAGCAUCAACCUCACACCUUCCAAUGCGUUUCAAUCGCUCUUCCAUCGACACAGGGAUGCUCCGCUUCCCAUCACUCCCGUAUCCAUCCUCAGAUCCAUGCUGCAGCUCGACGAUAUUCAGGCGCUCCUCUGGGCUUGGACCCUCAUCGGCAUCGUCCUUCUCUUCGCAUUCUGGACCAAUCCUGACGACGCUUCCUUCAGACCCUUCCUUACCGACCUCGUCUUUCGCGAGCGUCUUCGCCUGCUGAAUCACGAUCAAGAUGCUGCCGAAUCGCAGCUGCCCGACACCGACGCUGCGGCCAGCGCCUCGACUUCCGAGUCCACUGCGGCACGCAAAUCCGACCCCAAUGCCUUCUCUUCGCUGCUCUCUACGUCAUCGUAUUCCACGGGUCCUUUUGCGCUCACUUUUGGAGCAAAGGUGGCACUCUCGGUCCGCACGCCACCCUUUCAUCGCAAGGACCUCGGCCUGCUUUCCAUUGUCACCAUCUCCCAAAGCACUCCCGCACGCAGCAGCACCCUCGACAAUCAACAUCGAACUCCUACACAGCACACAACAUCCACUCAUCGCGCUUCUUGCAAAUCAGACGGCACUGUUGAUUGUACCUCUCUCUUCAUUGGCGCCUUUGGCAAAUGGUGGGUCCUCGGGUACGCCAUUCCAGACCUUCCUGCAGCGCCUCCGUCCAACCAGCCUCGACAGCUCAAAAACGGCCGGCUAGAGCUCGAAGAGAACAUCACUGAUGCCCCAGAAUGGGGCGUCCUUGAGAUGCGUUCGAUAGACCCUGACCCGCAGUCUCGCCGCAGCUCCAUCCAAGCCUCUCACAUCAGUCCACACGAAGGCGCCAACCUUGCCCUCUCCCGCCGAUCAUCCACUGUUGAGUCCACCGCCCGCGUCGCUGCUCCCCCGCAAUUACCCUCGACAGCAACCGUGCCGAAGGAGACUCUCUCCGAAGCCGACUCUCAAGACUGCCUCAGUCUCACCGCCUUGGUCUCGAGAUCUCAAACCGAUAUCCUCGACCUUCAAGCGCAGCUCUCUCUGGUCAAGAGCGCUUCGGCUCGCACAUGCGAAGCCCUCGAAGCAGACUUGGAAGAGGCUCGCUUGAAGAAGAAGGAGGAGGAGAAGGUUCGUUUCGACGUCAAAUCCAGGACCAAAGCAUUGGACGACAGCAAGAGGCAGGUCGAGAGCACCCGACGUGAGGCAGAAAGGCGGCUCAAGACCGCAAAUGCUGUUCGUGCCCUCAAACAGGCUAGUAUCCAGCAGAGAAAGGACAAGGCUGACAUGCUUCACAAACGUCGAGCUGCGAUCAGUUCACAGAAGGCUUUGCAGACCGAAAAGCGUCAACAGCGCUCCGCAGAGAUCUCAAGUCUCAUCUCUCAGGCCAAAGAGAAGGCUGACAGGUUGCGAAGCGAGAUGGAUGGUCUCCGCAAAGAUGUGCAAGCUGCUCAGGAUCAAUUGCAGCUCGAAAAGAUGAUUCAUCGCAAUGCUCAGGAGGCGGAUCACCGAGAACAGGACAGAAUGGAUGCUUCGCCCUACAUGUGGAACCCUGUCAUGGAGUACAACAACUUGGCAGGCAACGAGGCUAUGUAUGCACAUCUGGCUUCCACCCCCGAUCCGCUCGUAGAUAGCUUGGCUCGCAUGGAGGAACGUGCCCUCGCAGCACAGCCGUACAUGUCGAGUCCUUUCGACGCAGACCCCACCCUCGCGCACAACAAGAUGCCAAAUGCUCACGCCGAUGCGUACGACAAUCUCGGCACCAGUGUCUUGCGCAAUGCCUUCCGUCGCGCCAACGCUGCGUCGGCUGUCGACGUCCGAGAGAUGAUGCCUCAUGGCACGCAGGCCAUCGGCAACCCCUCUCUGCAAAAUGCUUCCAAUUUUGAGGCCAUCAAGCAGGCUUUCCAGCCCAGCGUUGCAACCGAAGAGGAUGGCCGGCGAUCUUGGUCUGCUUUCGAUGUCUGGCAGUCCGACCUUCGCAGCGGCAGCCGCCAGAAGAUGCAAUGGGCAUCAGGUGGCGCCAAUGCCAGUGCCGACUCGUUGCCCCACUUCAACGCGAGCAGCGGCUUCUUGCCUCUCGAUCGUAGCAGCAGCGCCGAGCAUACUGGCCUACACAGCUUCGAAGAUCAAGAAGGCGAUGCAGAGCAAAGUCGCAAUUUGUCCAAGGUCAAGAGAGCUUUCCGAUGGCCCUUUCGCCCUAGCCAAGUCCAAGAUGAGCUGGUCUGA